AUAUAAAUACCAUACCAAAUUGUUUGCUUCAGACUCAAGUCACCCAAGAGUCACAAUGAAUAACAAUAAGACAGCAAUCCCAUUCUUAUUCAUCUCUUUGUUCCUUCUAGUCUCGGCUGCUGCGGUAACAACCGGGGCAGAAGUAAAACACGUCAAAGACACAAACGGAAACCCAAUUCAGAGACAGACCCAAUACUUCAUCCAACCAGCUUCAGGCAAGAAAGAAGGCGGUCUUGUCCCAACAAGCAUUGACUUAGCCCAUUCGUGUCAACUAGGUGUUGUCCAAACAGUCCUUCCAUUUCAACCAGGCAUACCUAUUACUUUCUCUACUCCAUUCUUCGACAUAGGCAAUGAUAUAUGGAUAAACACGAACCUAACAAUCGCUUUUGAGUCACUGAUCUGGCCAUGCCCUUCCUCAAAGAUAUGGAAAGUUGAAUCCUCGUCGUCGUGUACCAACAAGCGUUAUGUAACGACUGGUGGUAGCUCUAGCAGGAAAGAUAGCUUUUUUAGGAUUCAGAAAUAUGGAAACGAACAAAAUACUUACAAGCUCGUUCAUUACCAGAGUUACUCGGCUAUAAACGGUAUUAAGAGUGUUGGUACCACCACCAGCUUUUACGGUGACCCCAUACUUGUUCUUAACGAUGAUGAUGACGAUAACAAUGCCUUUCCAGUUAAGUUCCGUAAGGUUGAGACAUCCACGGAUAAUUUAUUUCAGAAUUUUAGUCUAAGAAUGCUUCUGAGACUAAUGUUUAGUAAGUUGUAUUAUGGAAAAUAAUGGGUGGAAACAGCAUAUCAACCAACUAAAUGUAAUGAAAAGUUAUAUAUGUAUUUGUCAUUUAUGAAGUGUCCUU